AUGAGAUCACUGCUCGAAUUGCCGCCACAUAUUAUUCUUAAAAUCCUUCAAGAGGUAAACAUUUUUAGUUAGCUUAGGGGCGUUUUGAAUUUCGAAAAAAAAAAAUUGAAAUUUUGAAGUAAACUUUGCAGAGUAGCGUUGAAAACUUCCCUUCGAUUCGUCUUACAUGCAGUCUUCUCGACAACUACAUCGUCAGUUAUCGCUCUCUUCUUCCACCAAUUGAAUACUACUAUUGCGAGCUCGUAAGUCAAUUUUCUUACCAAAUUUAUCGAGUUUUCUUUUUUUUUUCCCAAAGAUAUUUUUCAUCUGUUUACGAAACAUCACCAAUUUUAAGAGGGGUAUUUUGUUCAAAGUACUAGAUUUGGAUCUUUGCAAGAUCAAGUAAAGUUGGUUUCAAUUUUUUUAAACUUUCAAAAUGUUUUAGAAAAAUUUCUGCACCAUCAGUCUGCUUUUAAAGAAGUUUUUUUCUACGUUUGGACUCUGUAAUUGAAAAAACGUAUAUUCACAAAGCUGAGGUGUUCAGAAGAGUUUCGACUGAAUCCGAAGAUCUCUCGUGAAAGAUAGUCAAUUCAAGAAUUAUUUUGUUUCUAAUAGGCUAUAACUGAAAUUCAGAGCACUUCAAGAUGCAAGUUGUGGCAGACUCGAUCGAGCUGCACCAGGUAUCCGCUAAACGACCUUUCCUCUCUUGAAAUGCUUCAUUUCACCAGUUUCAAAGUUUUUUCUGUGGUUCGUCGGCGUUUCUGAGAAGCGAAAAUUUUUUGAGUAUCUUCAAGAUUGACAUCGAUGAAGGACUUUUCAACGCUGUAGUAGACCUCAUCAAAAAUUAUGGACUUCGGUUCGACCACUUGCAGCUCCACAACUUCAACCAUCGGCAAAUCGAAGUGGUUGCUAUUUACUUGAUAGAAAAUUUGGUGUUAUUCAGAUUCCCCUAGAAUCUGUAUCGAAUUUGCUAUUGAUUGCGAAGGCUACUGGGAUUCUUUUCGAUGUUCGUUCCAGCAACUUAACGCCCGAAAUGUUCAAACUGCCUGGAUUGGUCCAGGUUAGCAACAUUUUUUUUUUCUAAAAUUCGAAGUAAACAAGUUUUUCAUCUCAAGUUUUGCAGUGCAAAACGAUGUCCUUUGAGAUGGACGACAGUCUUGUGGACGUUACCCAAAUCCACUCUCCCAGAAUAAUCGUCCACCAGUGUGACAGAAUUUCAACAGAAUCCAUCCGCCGGCUUCUCCAGGUUCGCAAAACCUCAUAACCAUACUAGCUUUCAAAAAUUGUAGGACUGGGUUUCUGGGAAGAGCAAAUUGGAAUGUGCGCGUAUUUCCAGCAAUCAAAACAUUUCUUUCGAGGAGAUCUUUCGAGAAAUGCCCAUGGAACAUGUCCAAGCUAGUGGAUACGUCUUGACUAAUGUUCUCGGGAAAAAAGGUUUUUUUUUUUCUGUGGAUUCAAGAGCUUUCCAACAACUUGCUCCUGUUACAGCCUACGUAACCGUUCGACGCAACUCCUACCAUUUUUUUGCAACUAUUGAAGCAACGUGCAAUGUUGAAGAUGUUCUCUACUGGAAACCCAUUUUUGAGUGA